UAUGCUUCCCCUUCACUCGACCUCAAGUCUGUAGUCAGGAAAGUCGCGAGUGCCUCUCGAGCGUCUCUGAUAAAAACACCCACACGAGAGGGACUUUCUUAUAGUUAUCUUUUGAUUUUCUAAACAACUCUUUUUAAAAUUACUGAAUGCUCCAAGUAUGUCCUUGGUUUUGCAGAAGUUAUCAGUUACUACAGCAUUUUGUGAAAACAGUGUUUCGUAUUGCUUCAACUUUAACCCUGCACAAUGCUUGUCGUUUUGACGGAAAGACUUUCACCCAUCCUCGAGUGGCUCAAAAGCGUUGCUGGAUAUAGCGUGGUCGAAUCAAAUUCGAAGGCUUUGAGCGUGUCUCGUACCCAACGGAGUAAGGAUCGACCUCCUCUAGAUUGUUCUCCACGGAUGAAUCAUUCCCUUAGGCUGGCUGUUGGUCAGUCAUCGUCUCUAUCAGAACUUUCCACACAAACAGAUGACUGCAUUUUGCUGGAUGGAAAAAAAGUUUCUUUCUUAACGCUUUCUGACUUGUCCGGAGACUCUAAGAAGGAUUUGUGCAGAAGACUAGUGGCUUCUAAUGGCCAGGAUGUGUUCCUCAUGGGUAUCUCAUACAGCGACGCACAAUCUCUUACGACUUGCCGAGAUUUCCCUAAGGCCAGUAGCCAUACCUUGCCUCGUUGUCGAAGUUACCGAUUGCGCAAAACCCAACUAAUGGCUGAUCCAUUUGAUACAUUUUCAUCAGUCGUUAUUCAAGCAAAAAACAGAAAUCGCACACUCUACUUUAGUCGACAUGGUGAGAGUGAAUAUAACGUUCUGGGGAAAGUUGGAGGUGAUGCGGAUCUUUCCUCCCGUGGCCGCCAGUACGCUGAUUGCUUGGCUGAGUACGUCAAUAGCACUUUGGGGUCUAUUCCGGGAUUCAAAUUGUGGACAUCUUGUCUGAAACGCACAAUUCAAACGGCCAAAAACAUCAAGGCACCUCAAGAGCACAUGGAGGCACUGAACGAGUUAGACACUGGCGUCUGUGACGGACUCACUUAUGAGGAAAUCGCCGAGCGCUAUCCAAUCGAAUUUGCUGCUCGUGAUGACGACAAAUUUCAUUACCGUUAUCCAGAAGGUGAAUCAUAUUUGGACCUACUACUUCGCGUCCAACCAGUUCUGGAUCGUCUGAAGGUCGAGGACAAUGUUAUGGUGAUCGCACACCAGGCAGUUCUGCGUUGCUUGCUGGCAGCGUUGCUCAACAAAGAUGAAAAAGAACUGCCCUACAUCCAUACGCCGUUGCACACAGUGAUGCAACUGUCGUUUAACCGUGCGGGUGGCGGCUGCCAUUUGGAACUCAUCCCACUAAGCAUCGAAUGCGUUGAAACGCACAGGGCCAAACCUGAGAAUUGUAGUCUCACACGUACUGCCGAGGAGGCGCUUAUAACCGUUCCUGCACAUUUCUGAAAAUAUGCCUGCAUUCAAUUAAAUCCUUUGGCAUAAGACCCGGGCGAAAGAUAGGUAAACAAUGGGGUUCAACGUGUACGGUCGGUUUCUCUCAAUCUUGGUUCUUUCCAUAUUGUAACCUUUUUAUAUAUCUGUGAUUAUAUUCGCAUAGUGUACCGAAUGCUUCAAGAAUUUAAAACUGUAUUUCAGGGGAUCUUGAUUUGUUUUUUAUUAGAAAAAACUGGAAUACAACGCUGGUAUUUGGCUCCGAAAUGAGCCUUCGACUA